UGCGCGCUCACUUUUCCUCGUAACACCAAGCCGCUAGUCAACGUGACUAUCCGGGUACUUGCGAGGGGCGGCCAAUCUAAGGCAGAGCUCCUCCCCUAUAGCUAAGGGGGCGGGGAUUCGGUCACCGGCAAGUCUGCACAAAUCCAGCGGAGGGUACGCGCAAUAAUCGGUUUUGUGUACCCGCUUACACGGGGAGCAGCAGUGCCGGUGGAAACGCCGUACGAAUCCGGGUGAAGAAGGUUAUAUAACUACUGCGACGCGCCCAGAACGCAUUCCCUCAGCGAGCACACUGCAGAAACGUGAGCUGUGAUGAGACACUUGACGUUGUGGAACCAAUGAGCUAGCGGAGUGUAGGAGUGGGGCGUGGCCUGAGGGAUGUGUGGUGUGGUGUGGUCUGAGGCUCUAUACGCACUUGGCUGAGGGAGCCGGAUACGGUGGCAGGGUUUUGGGAAGGCUAACUUCUCGGUCGGUCUUUACUCCCUUUCGGAACUGCGUGGAACUGAUCUACUCCUUCCCUGUACUCGCACCAUGUUACAAACGUCCCUGCGGUCUUCCCAUUUAUUCUCACUAUCUCUCCGGUGCAUCCCUUCCCCACAGGGGCGCAGAGGCUGAAACAACAAUUAGUGAUUGCCCCCCCGUGUCUACUUUCCCCACCCCUACCCAAAUUCCUGUAACAUUAUGACCCUGGUCUGGACUUGAUCUUCAUUUGAAUUAUUUGGUGUGGGUUUAUCAUUUUUUUCCCCUGAUUGGAAUUUUUACAUUUUUUAUUUUGCUGGGGUAUCUGGAAAGAUGGGGGUGAAUGCUGUGCACUGGUUUCGGAAGGGCUUGAGACUCCAUGACAACCCAGCUCUGCGGGAAUGUAUCCAAGGGGCUGAUACUAUCAGAUGUGUCUAUAUCCUCGAUCCCUGGUUUGCUGGAUCUUCCAAUGUGGGAAUCAACAGGUGGAGAUUUCUGCUGCAGUGUCUGGAAGACCUUGACGCCAAUCUGCGGAAGUUGAACUCGCGAUUGUUUGUAAUCCGUGGGCAGCCUGCUGAUGUAUUUCCUCGGCUCUUCAAGGAAUGGAAAAUCACAAAGUUGUCGAUAGAGUACGACUCUGAGCCAUUUGGGAAAGAACGGGAUGCAGCUAUCAAGAAGCUUGCCAGUGAGGCUGGCGUGGAGGUCAUUGUACGCAUUUCACAUACCUUGUAUGACUUGGACAAGAUUAUCGAGCUGAAUGGUGGCCAGCCACCGCUGACCUAUAAGAGAUUUCAGACUUUGAUCAGCAAAAUGGAACCUCUGGAGAUUCCAGUAGAAACCAUCACAGCUGAAGUCAUGGAAAAAUGCACCACCCCUGUGUUGGAUGAUCACGACGAGAAAUAUGGAGUUCCUUCCUUGGAAGAACUAGGCUUCGAUACGGAAGGACUGCCAUCUGCUGUGUGGCCAGGAGGCGAAACAGAAGCUCUUACUCGCUUAGAGAGGCACCUGGAGAGGAAGGCAUGGGUUGCAAACUUUGAACGGCCCCGGAUGAAUGCCAAUUCCCUCCUUGCAAGUACUACAGGACUUAGCCCCUACUUGCGGUUUGGAUGUCUGUCUUGUCGUCUGUUCUACUUUAAGCUUACUGAUCUGUAUAAAAAGGUAAAGAAAAACAGUUCUCCCCCACUGUCUCUUUAUGGGCAGCUUCUGUGGCGUGAAUUUUUUUACACUGCGGCCACAAACAACCCUCGGUUUGACAAGAUGGAGGGCAACCCCAUAUGCGUCCAGAUUCCUUGGGAUCGAAACCCAGAGGCGCUAGCCAAGUGGGCAGAGGGACGGACCGGGUUUCCCUGGAUCGAUGCAAUCAUGACGCAACUGCGUCAGGAAGGUUGGAUUCACCAUCUGGCUCGUCAUGCCGUGGCGUGCUUCCUCACCAGGGGAGAUCUCUGGAUUAGCUGGGAGGAAGGCAUGAAGGUAUUUGAGGAGCUGUUACUGGAUGCUGAUUGGAGCGUGAAUGCAGGGAGUUGGAUGUGGCUCUCCUGCAGUUCAUUUUUCCAGCAGUUUUUUCACUGUUACUGCCCUGUUGGAUUUGGAAGAAGAACUGACCCCAAUGGAGAUUAUAUCAGGCGUUAUUUGCCUAUUCUGAAAGGCUUUCCCCCAAAGUAUAUUUAUGACCCAUGGAAUGCUCCUGAGACAGUCCAGAAAGUAGCAAAGUGCAUCAUUGGAGUGAAUUACCCCAAACCAAUGGUAAACCAUGCUGAAGCAAGCCGCCUGAACAUUGAGAGGAUGAAACAAAUAUACCAGCAGCUGUCUCGAUACAGAGGACUGGGUCUUCUUGCAUCAGUGCCUUCAAAUCCAAAUGGGAAUGGGAAUGGUGGGUUGAUGAGUUAUUCUCCAGGAGAGAGCAUGUCUGGUUGCAGCAACAACGGAGGAGGUCAGAUGGGAGUGAACGAAGGGAGUUCUGCCAGUAAUCCAAACGCUAACAAGGGAGAAGUGCAUCCUGGGACUUCAGGACUUCAGGGAUACUGGCAAGGGAGCAGCAUUCUACAUUACAGCCACAGCGACAGCCAGCAGUCUUACUUAAUGCAAGGCAAGCGCCCAAAUCCAGAAGAAGAGACUCAGAGUAUUGGACCCAAAGUCCAACGGCAAAGCAGCCAUUGAAUUGAUUUUGUGAAUUUCACCAUAACCAAAAGAGAGAACGCUUGAUUGUAUGCACAGUACUGGCUGCCUCUGGAAAUGUAAAGAUGGACACUAUUAAGGAAACAUCCUUUUCUUACAAUAUGAAAAACAAAACCCUGAUCUUUGUGUGAUCCUGUUGUCAGUUAAUCAGUCUGUGAGAGCUUCGUUUAUCUCUGCAUUUCUAUAGUUUUUAUCUCUGAGAUAUUUCACUAAACAGUUUUGUACAUAGAACUGUAAUUAUUUUGUGAUGCUUGCUUACAGACAUGUAAAUACAAAUAUACCCAUGAACUAGUCAUAGACUGUGCAUUAUAUUUUUGAUAAUAAAUGCUUUAUGGAGACAGAUGACAUGAAAUCCCUGUAUAGUUCACUUUUUUAUGUAUAUACUAAGGAGACCUGCUCAUUAAAGCCUGUGGCAUGUCUGCCACCUUUCAGCUGCCCCUGCCCGUAUCAUUAUCAUUGUCACACUCUGUGCCAUGGUAUCGUAAAGAUCAAAACCACCAGCAGAAAGGCUUAGGGAGGAAAUAUAAGUGGGGGAAAGACACACAUACAGACAAGACAAGGUAGGCACCUUUUGUAGAAGCAAUGGAAAGGUCUGUAAAAGGAAUAUCAUAAACAGACAUUACUUAAUAUUUCUAUUAAACUAACGUAAAGGGGAAUAUAUAAACAUAUUCUAUCAAACCGCUAAAGAGGACAUGUCCAUUUAACCACAUUUGUGCCUAUUUCACAUUCAGUCCAUGCACCAACUGUGGUUCUUCUGGUUUGUAUAACAAGGCCUAGUUAGCCUAGUUAGUGGCGUAGGUGCAAUGCAUGGGAUGAUAACAGCCUAGUGUUCCAAAGCCACAGGACCCACGAGACUGACAAAUGUACAUUUCCCUGUAUAUCGUGCACCAUUUUUCCUUUUUUGUUUGUAUCUGUUUUAUUUAAAGGGGGGUGGUGUAUGCAGGAAUAUUGUUCCAAAUGUUUAUCAUCUUUUAACCGCCACUAGGGAAGACUAAAGUGUAUUUAAUGAAUAGGUCCCAAAAUCUGUUUGUUUAUAUUUUUUGUUUGUUUUUAUAAUGUUUUUGUAGAUUUUCUGUAUUGUAAAUUUGAUUUCUUAUGUCGCUGACGUAGCCUAGCCCUUUCGCUACCCGGCGCAACCAACACAUAAAUAUACUGCCAGCCUGGCCGGGGGGGCGAAUGGGUUCUGUCUGUGUGUAAGUAAAUCAGAGCUGUAUGUAUCACAGGCAUGCCAAGCUCCCCUCGGAGACCCUAAAGCUCUUGUGUAUCAUCCCCUGUUUGUACUACCUGCUGCCUUUUUCAUUUUUAAGAAAACAUUCCUUCUAAUAAAAUGAAAAAGCAAA